AAUUAUUCAGUAGAAGAGACAAAAGACCAAUAAGAACUUUGUCAAAAAGUGAGUCAUUAUUUUUCUUCACACUAUAUACCUAUAAAGCAACCUACUUCAAUUUCCAUUUGGUGAUUAGCUCGCAUCUCCCAAAUGGCCUACUCUAUUCUCACUAUUCUUCUCCUUGCUUUCUUCAUUUCAUUUCAAUCACUUGCAACAUUCCAUGUCAAUGGAGACACAAGCUUAAUAGAGAGAACUUGCAAAGCCUCAAAUUACUAUGACCUUUGCAUAAAUUCCCUCAAAUCAAAUCUGAAUUCAAGCCUAAAUGCAGACACAAAAGGGUUGGCCAUCAUCAUGGUCAAAGUUGGAGUUGCGAAUGCUACUUCCACCAAUGCCUACCUUUCUACUCAGUUCCUGACGACCGUCAAUGGGAAUGAUACUCAGAUGAAGAAGCUAAUCAACGACUGCGCGAAGCGAUAUUCAUACGCCAUUGAUGCUCUUCAAGCUUCCCUCCAAGAUUUGAAUGCUGAUUUGUAUGAUUAUGCUUAUAUGCAUGUUAUGGCAGCGGAAGACUAUCCGAAUGUUUGUAGGAACAAUUUCAGGCGAAGCUCUAAAGGGUCGUUGGCUUAUCCACCUGAGCUUGCAGCUAGAGAGGAUGCUUUGAAGCAUAUUUGUGAGGUUGUUUUAGGGAUUAUUGAUAGUCUUGCUGGUGGGGAUUUGUGAUGGAUUUCUUCUUGUUCAUGAUUUUGGAUUCUGGAAUUUGAAUUUAAUUUCUUGUUUUUCAACGCCUACAUAUGAAGUCCAUUUUUCACAUUAGCCGACCAAAUUUUUUUUUUUUUCCUCCUAGAUUUGUGGAAUUCGAAGGGAUUUUGUGAAUGUGUGACUUUCCAAUGUUGCGUUUUCUCAACUUUAUCUUUUAGUAGAUA